AUGGCCACCAACGGUAACUUCGCGCAGCAGGAGCAGUACAAAGCUGCUGAUCCUGCUGCUGGUACCGACACCAACACCAACGGCAACAACCUUUCAAAGGAUGAAGUCGGCUGGUACUUUGUUGAGCAGUAUUACACAACUCUGAGCAAGUCGCCAGAGAAGCUUCACCUUUUCUACGGCAAACGGUCGCAAUUCGUCUAUGGCCGCGAGGCCGAAGUGGCCAAUGUCUCCGUUGGACGACAGGCCAUCCAAGAGCGUAUCAAGGCUCUCGACUUCCAGGAGUGCAAGGUCCGUGUCUCCAACGUUGACUCGCAGGCUUCCUUCGAGAACAUCGUCAUCCAGGUCAUUGGCGAGACCUCCCAUAAGAACACCGAGCCCAAGAAGUUUGUUCAGACCUUCGUCCUCGCACAACAGCCCUCUGGGUACUUUGUUCUCAAUGACAUCUUGAGAUACAUUAGCGAAGAGGAUGAAGAAGAGGCUGCCGUGACUACCGACACUCCUGCUGCUGUUGUGGAGGAGACCGCUGCUCCAGCUGCUGCUGUCUCUGAGCCCGAAGUCGUGCCUGAGCCGGAGCCCGCUGGGGAGGUUGUUCCAGCCGACGCCACCAAGUUUGAUGCCGAUGCCGUUGACGAGAAACUGCAACAGGCUGCUUCUGCCCAGGUGGACGCCUCUGUCAAUGGCGAAGACGUUAGUGAGACCUCCAAGGCUCCCGAGCCCAAGGUUGAGCCAGCACCCGCUGCCCAGGAAGUCACCGAGAACCUCACCCCUGAGACUGAGAGACCCAAGGAGCCCAGCCCAACUCCCGUGGCCAAGAAGGAGACUGCUCCUGAACCCGUCAUGCCUCCCAAGCCCAUGACCUGGGCCAGCCGAGCUGCCGCCGCCGCCGGACCUCGACCUGUUGUGCCUCUUCCUAAGACUGCCACUCCCCCUGCACAGAACCAGAGCAAAGCGCCUGCUCCAACUCCUGCUGCCGCUUCUGCUGCUGCUGCCUCCUCAGCUCAGCCUGCCCCUGCCGCCGCCGCUCCAGCCAACGAGGCUCCAGCCAAGGAGUCGUCUGGCUGGCAGACUGCUGGUGCCGACUCCAAGCGCCAGAACCGCCCUCAGUCUAUCUCAGCAAACGUCGCCGAGAAGGAGGGCACACUCGGCUACGUCAAGUACGUGACCGAGAAGGUUCAGGAAGCAGAUUUGCGUAAUGCUUUGGCUGCCCACGGUGAGCUGUCUUACUUUGACAUCAACCGCCAGAAGAACUGUGCUUUUGUAGAAUACAGGACGGUCGAGGGCUACCAAGCCGCUAUCACUGCCAACCCCCACGUGGUCAAUGGUGAGAACAUCGUUGUUGAGCCCCGCCGUCCCAAGUCUACAGCGUACGGCGGCAAUAACUACGGUUCCGGUCGAGGAACUGCGCCGGGCGGUCGUGGUCGUGGAGGCUUUGACGGCAGCCGCAAUACCCAGGGUAGCUCUCGUGGCAAUUUCUCGGGUCAGGGCCGCGGCCGUGGAGGUGCUGCGCGUGGUCGGGGUGGUGCGCAGGCCACCUCGUCUUAA